AUGCCUCCCAGAAAACGCCCAAAGCUCUCACCGCGCGCAUCAUCCAGCACGCCCCAAGUCGAGACCACAAAACAACCAAGCUCCGCACACAGCACAACAGAUAGCGCCCAAAAAUCAGACACAGAAUAUGACCUAGUAAACGAUCCAUGGACCGAUGAACAAGAGACCGCGCUACUGAAAAGCAUUGUGCGAUGGAAGCCAGUUGGAAUGCACAAACAUUUUAGGAUGUUGGCUAUAGCGGAAUAUAUGAAGAGCCAGGGUUAUGCGCCUGCGGAAGAAGAACAUACUCGAAUCCCAGGGAUUUGGAAAAAGCUCGGUUCGCUGUACAAUCUUCCUGCGCUGGACGAGAGGGAAGACUCGAUAAUCUCUCAAGACGCGGAUGACUCCGAAGAAUCAGAAUAUUGCCCCUUUGAGUUACCGGAAGACGAGUACGGCGAGAUGAUGUUUGCCAAAAGACUUGCUGCAGAACGAUCAGAGUCACCGGAGACGUCUGUACAUCCUGAGUCUAGGAGGGGUAGCACAGUCGCUGACACUGAUGAACCGCGCUCGUCCCCCGCACCGUCCCGUGGUCGUCGCGGUAAACCCACCAGAGCAUCCACACGCGGUACGCGCAGUACAAGAUUACAAGUCGAAAUCGAACGGCCAUCUUCAGCAAGCGUCGGCACCGAAGACGAGCAAAUGGAGGACGCGGAUGUGGACGACGAUGGCGAAGACGAAGGGGAGAGCGAUGCAGGUGACGGUGAUGAUAAUGACGCGGAGGAGGGCGAUGUGGAAACCGCAAGCUCGCCGGCGACGAGAAGUACGCGGACGCAAACUGCAAAGUCGAAGAAAGAAAAAAAGGGUGCUACUGCGACUAGUACGACGACGAGGCGAACUGGGAGACGACGUUAG